UCCUGACCAUUCGCUCCCAGCCCGUCCCGGUGUGCUGCGCGCCUCCAAGACCUCGCCGACGACGACGUCUCCGCGUCUCCGCCGGCCCAAACCACGACCCGAGGCAAUCGCAGGGGUACCCCGCUACCCGCCCCGCCGCCCCUCGCUCCGUCAUCGCGGACCUCGUGCCUCCCCGACGUCGCCGUGCCCGCCGUGUCCGCCGUGCCGCCGUGCCGUGGCCAAGGCGGGAGGGGCCCUGGGAGGGGCCAGCUCGGCCCGGCCAAGCCGCACGCCGCACCGCACCGUGCGAUACGACGAGACGAGACAAGCGUGUCUUGUAGCCGUCUGUGCCGUGCUGUGCCGCUGUGCCGUGACGUCCGUGACGUCUGUGACGUGACGUCUGUGACACGCCGCGGCGCCUUCCAAGGGAGGCAAAUGAACUAGUUUUAUGGACUGUGGUGUGUGUGGGCAGUGAAGGGCAGACGCGGGGAAGACGAAGAGACUCUAGGACUCGGCCGUGGCGAUGACAGCGAAGAUGAACACGGCGUGGGCACUGUCCCUCCUCGUUCUCGCUCUUGCAGGGUGCAGCGCGACCAAGUGCCGGCACGAGGGCCGCUUCUGGGACGGCUGCAACUGGUGCUACUGCCGGGACCACUACGUGGUGGGCUGCACCAACAUGGCCUGCCUCAGCCUGCCGGAGGACGCCUACCGCAUCGACCCCCAUCGCGCCACCAUCGGGCCGCCGCAGCGCGAAGGCCUGUUCGCCUACCAGCCUGGCCGCGGCAGGGUGGUGGACCCUAGCGGGUGGCCUUGCCAGAUGGGCUCCUCCUGGCUGGAGGAGGGCGGCUGUGUGCGCUGCAUCUGCGCCAACAAGAUGAUCAAGUGCCGGGACUCGGGCAUGUGCCUCAACGGCGAGCCCGUGUCGAACGAGUUGAUGCCGCCCCAGACCGAGUACGUCCGCCGACGCCGAGAAGACGCCUCGGCCGCGGCGGCCACUCCGGCACCACCCGCCGCGCCCGUCGCUGAGCCCGCCGUCGAACCCACCGCCGCGCUGGCGGAGUCCACCACGUCCACGGCCUGGGUCGCCACGGAGCCGGCUGCGGCCACCACCGCGGCGGCCGGGGUCGCCGAGGUCGCGGAGUCGACUGUUGCACCUGCGGGCCCCGCGGCCGAGGCAGCCAACGCGACGCGGUCCACCGUCGCGCCCCCCGCCACCACCACGGCGCAGAACACAGUGGUGAAGGACAGGUCGUGCCGCUCGGGGUCGACGUGGGAGGAGGACUGCAACUCGUGCUGGUGCCUGGACAACGGCAGGGCGGCGUGCACCACCAACUCCUGCGAGCCGCCGCCGCCACUGACGCUGGGCGCUCCCGGCUCCCAUGCUGCGACCAUCGCCGGGGGUCCUGGCGGUCCCGGAGCCGCCCCUGCGAUCGCUGUUCCUGGUGCUGCCGCCCCUGCCGCCGCCGUCCCUGCGGCCGGGGCCCCUGCCUCCGGGGUCGCCCCGGCCGCCGCCCCCGCCCCCGCCGCCGGGGCGGUCCAAGCCACGGUCCCCAGCUCGACGCCGUCCUCAGCGGCUGUCACCGCCGCGGUCCCCAUCGCGGAGCCCGCCGCGGCGCCGGCUGGAGGUGCCGUCGUGGGGGGCAGUGGCAGCAGUACGAGCAGUGCCGCGGGCAGCAGGAGGAAGAGGAGGGUGGUGUUGUUGGGCGCGUGA